GAUUGUAUUUCGGUUAAUUAAUCAACACUUUAACCUCGUAAUCAUAAACACUUACCUUUAAAAUCACUUCAAUUGAUGGCGACCUCAUGGUGGGAGUUAAUCAACAAUUAGAUUAAACAAUUAAAAUGGAUUAACAGUUAAUUGUUGAUGAGAUUCAAAUUAUCAUGGAUAAAAUUAAGGACAAUUAAUGGUUAACCCAGAAGCUGCUUUGAUCCUGUUCUUAUUGUUAACAGUUUGUUCAUUGAUUUUUGUUCACCGGUGGUUUUCAGUUAUUCAAUUUUCUCAUGGUGAUGAUCAAUCAAUCGAUGAUUUAAUUGUGACAAUUAAAGAUGAGGAUCAAUUUUUAACCUGUGAUCAUUUGGAUGAGAUUAUUAAAAUUUCCGUGAUUGGUGAAGGGGCUGUUAAGGUGGUUUGGUUAGCCAAAUGGAGGGAAAGUUUAAUUGCUUUGUCUCAAUUAAAGACUAACUUUUAUCAAGAUGAUUUUAAUCAUAAUCUUGAGAUGAUCCAACAAUUAGCUGAUUCUGGAAAGGUUAUUAAAUUGCUUGGAAUUUGUAACAAUUCAAUAAUUAUGACACAAUUUCACCCAUUUGGUAAUCCGUUGAAUCUUCUUGUUUGGAAUAACUUUUGGCCUAAUCCAAUUAUCAAUGGAUUAGGUGAUUGUCUUAAAUUGUGCCUUCAAUUUGUUGAUUUAAUCAACUAUUUACACUCACAUCCUUCUGGACCAUUGGUUAUGUGUGAUUCAAAUACACUUGAUAAAUUGUUGUCUCAAUUGUUACUCUCAAUUGUUGAUCAUGAUUCUGAUUUUACGGUCAAUGGAUUACAAUUAAUUUUCAAUGAUCUUGACGCUUUGCCCAAUGUUCAACAAGGGAAAGGAAUCAAAUGUGGAUCAAGACAAUUAGUUGGUACCUUUGUAGCACCCGAACAACUUUGGCCUUAUCCAGAUGAACCUUUUAACGACAAUUUGAUGCCACCUUACAAUGAGAAGAUCGAUAUUUGGAAGAUACCUGAUGUGUGUCUUUGGUUUAUUAAAUUGUCGUCAUCUUGUCAUCGAUUAAUUGGCUUAUUGGAACCAAUUCACGAUCAAUGUAAACAUAAAGAUCCCAAACUGAGGCCAAACGCGUCAACAAUUCAUCAGGAAUAUCGUAAAAUUUACCAACAAUUGUCGAUCGAAACCAAAUCCGAUGAUCGAGACUCUAACAAUUUGGAUCAACGUAUUGAUUUAUAACGGUAAACCGAACCAUCAUCUUUAAUUGUCUUCUUAAAAACUGCCUCAGAUCUUUCCAAUUGGUCCAUAAAUGGAUCAUAACUUGAACAGUCACUUAAAUAAUUUACUUUCCAUUCUUUUAAUUGUAACAAUUAAUUUCUUAUUGUAUUUAUCUACUGUAAAUAUGUAACCUUGUAAUUCUGUGAUGAAACAAUUAAGAAGUUCAUUCUGAUUGUAACAAUAAAAAUGAUACCGAUUUAAACCAAA